CAGGGGGGCGGGGCGGAAGCCGCAUCUUAAGCUCGUGACGCGUCGCGGUCUCGGCUCCAGCGCAGUCGACGCCGCGUGUCCCGGGCCGACCCUUGAGGCGCAGACAGGUCGGUGAUAUUCCUGCUUGAAGAACACGAUGUUUUCCAAACUAGCGCACUUCCAGACUGUUGCUGUGCUUCGCCGAGGAGUUCACUCUUCAGUGGCUUCUGCUACAUCUGUUGCGACUAAAAAAACAGUCCAAGGCCCUCUAUCCUCUGAUUACAUUUUUGAACGGGAAUCUAAGUAUGGGGCACACAACUACUAUCCUUUACCUGUAGCCCUGGAGCGAGGAAAAGGUAUUUACGUAUGGGAUGUAGAAGGGAGAAAAUAUUUUGACUUCCUGAGUGCUUACAGUGCUGUCAACCAGGGGCAUUGUCAUCCAAAGAUUGUGAAUGCCCUGAAAAGUCAAGCAGAAAAGCUGACCUUAACAUCUAGGGCUUUCUACAAUAAUGUACUCGGUGAAUAUGAAGAGUAUAUUACUAAACUUUUCAACUACCACAAAGUUCUUCCUAUGAAUACAGGAGUGGAGGCUGGAGAGACGGCUUGCAAACUUGCUCGUAAAUGGGGAUAUACUGUUAAGGGUAUUCCGAAAUACAAAGCAAAGAUUGUUUUUGCAGCUGGAAACUUUUGGGGUAGGACUAUAUCUGCUAUCUCCAGUUCUACAGACCCAACCAGUUAUGAUGGUUUUGGACCAUUUCUGCCCGGUUUCGAAAUCAUUCCGUAUAAUGAUCUGCCUGCUCUGGAGCGUGCUCUGCAGGAUCCAAACGUUGCUGCGUUCAUGGUAGAACCAAUUCAGGGUGAAGCGGGCGUUAUUGUUCCGGAUCCAGGCUACCUGAUGGGCGUGCGAGAACUGUGCACCCAGCACAAGAAUGAACUCAUGAAGUUACCUUCUGAUAUUGUGACUGCUGUAAGAGGAAAAGGAUUAUUAAAUGCUGUUGUUAUUAGAGAAACCAAAGAUUGUGAUGCUUGGAAGGUGUGUCUGCGACUUCGAGAUAAUGGACUUCUGGCCAAGCCAACCCAUGGCGACAUCAUCAGAUUUGCACCUCCACUUGUGAUCAAGGAGGACGAGAUUCUGGAGGCUGUGGAAAUCAUUAACAAGACCAUCUUGUCUUUCUGAGAGUGGUGACUAUUUGCAGCCAGGCCUGGGAGCCAGCUGGAGACAGGCAGCUCCUUGCUGUCCUAUAAAAGCCUCUGCGUUUCUGCGCUUAACGCAGGCACAUUCCACCCCCUGUGUCUUCAAGGACUUUUAAAAAAAAAUAUAUGUAUUUUUUAGUUUAUACAUAACAGAAUGACAUAAUCGUGCAUGCAAUUCACUAUGUAACAACUGUAAGAAUAGAAUGGCAUCUGUAUUGUGUGUGUGUGUGUGUGUGUGUGUGUGUGUGUGUGUGUGUGUGCGUGCGUGCGCGCGCGCGCUUUCUAAGGUGAAGUGCAUCCAUCUGCCGCCUUUGGAUCAAGCCCCAUAUAGUUUAUAUGCAUUUUAUAAUUUCCUUGCUGGUGUAAAUGUUUCAUAUUUGAAAAAGUUAUAUGGGUUUUACACAGAAGACUUGUUUAACUUUAUGAAGUUGAAUCAUAAUCACUGAAUGUUAGGAUUAAUGGUUAAGCUUAUAUAAAAUACUAGAUUUAAAUAAAUUCAUAUUGGCCAACACCAGGAUGUAGUCCGUGAGUGUCAUUAUUUUGAAUUAAGAAUUAAUGUUUAACAUUACCAAAUUAUGUUUUAAGUGUUGAUACAAUUUGUAAAAAAUAUUUAUUUUCAGUUUUUCUUUAAAUUUAAAAUAAAGCUUAUAUUUAAAAUGUC